CGCGGCUCGGCAGAAGGGCAGGACCGCGUCCCCGGAGCUGCGUCAAGCAGCUAGCUCUUUAUUCAGACGGAGCAGGUUCUAAAUUUGGUCGAAACACCAAAGAGAGGCCGAGUGAGCUUUGCCACUGAGGUUGCUCCAAGAUCGCAUGUGGAAAUCUGCGUCUGAAUCCGGAGGAAACGCAUCAGAGAGGGAGAGAGAGAGAGAAGGCUGCCGACCCCCUCGGAGAAAGUGACGGACGGAGCAGAGGCUGAUCGCCGGGAUUUUUUUCUUUGCAUCAGUUGAGGAUAUUCCAGGUUGCUUUCAGGGUAUCAACACAGAAAUUGCCUAAAUACAUUUCCUAAACAUUUACGUUUGUAUUCCGCCUAAAAAAAAUCGCCCGUACGGAGGAGACGGACCCAUGCGUAACAGCGCUGGAUUUUUUUUUUCUUAAUUUGGGAAUAUACGCCGUGAAAGAGUCCCGUUUUCCAUCGCUCGGGAGAAUUUUCUCAAGCGAGAGAAAAGAGCGAGCGGUUCCUCUCACUUUGCUUUCCAGAAGCUGAAACGCUGAAAAACGAGAAGCGCUUCUCUCCUCGGUGCGCAAUCCCUGCGAGGCUUCCGAGAGACUCCGCCGACCUGCGCUCUAACCUCCACAUUCUGCCGGCAGCCCAAUAAAGGAGAGGAAAAAAAGGGGGCGAAGCCUAAUAACUUUGCAUGCUUAAGACGAGAGUGUGGAAUCUUUAAUUUAUUUUUAUUUUAUUUUUUAAAUUUUUCCUUUUUUGCAUACCACCGGAAGACUGGGAUAAACUUAAUCAGCGUUGAGUAUUUGCGGAGGAGCCGCAGCAGCUGGAUUUCUGGGGGAAGCGGAAUGAAUCAUUUUUAAUUUGGCCCAAAGAAGAACGAGGCAGAUUGCUUAGGAGAUUGCAUGGAGUUGUAGUCUUUAAUAAGGAACGCUUUAUGGUUGUCCGCAGAACUCCCCCGGCUGUAGUACUGUGUCCACCUCGCCAUGCUGGCCUGUCUGCAGAGGAGGCAGAACCCUCCACCCCAGCACCCGGUCUGCGCUACCAAGACCUUGGAGCCGCCGCAAGUCCUCGGACGGAAAUGUGACCUGGUGGUACCUUCGCCUUCCACACGGUACCCAACAGCCUCCGAACUUGAUGCUUACGCUCAGAAGACGGCCAACACCCCGCUGUCCAUCAAGAUUUUUCCCACCAACAUCAGGGUUCCCCAGCACAAGCACCUUAACCGGACUGUGAACGGAUAUGACACCACAGGGCAACGCUACAGCCCUUAUCCCCAUCUCCACACAGGAGGCUACCAGGGUCUCCUUGCCAUAGUCAAGUCCUCAUCCUCAUCCUCAUCAUCCUCAUCGUCAUCAUCCACCUUUGGUCCUUCAAAAGGUGUUCUCAAGAACUCAGAAGGCAGACGGACUAAGCUUUCUCCAGCUCACAUAGCUGUGGCCCCGUACCCACCCCCUAAUAGUAGCACUUUAGCCAGCGGUCAUGGCCAAAUGGUAUACCACUCUGGGCCCUCAAAGCCUCCAGAAGGCCCCGGACUUUCCGUACCCCCAAACGUCACUGUGGCUGGCUCUGUGAUUCCCGUAACAGGGGGCCGUGGCCUGUCCCUGCCUGCACAGUCUAAUCUCCCCUCCAUCCAGAGUAUCAUCUAUCAGAUCAACCAACACUGCCAGGCUCAGGCCCUGCAGCAAGUGUGUCAGGGGGCUUCCACCGCACCGACAAAUUCCAGCCCCUCCAAGCAAGUCACAGCAGUCAUGGGGGUUGGUUCAAGCUCCUCAGGUGGAGGCUAUGUCGUGGGAAUGGGCCACCAGGCUAACAUGGUGUACGCGGGAUCGGGGCUGCCGGCUCAAAGCGCGGAGAUAAUGAAGAGCGGCGUAUACGCGGAGGGUAUGGACUACAUCCUGUGGCAGAAGCAGCAACAGCAACAACACCAACAGCAGCAGCAACAGCAGGCCGUCCUCCGCAUGUACAGCGGAGGCAGCGGAGGAGGGGGCGCCAUCAGCAAGUCCCCUGAAACCUGUGUGCUGGGUGGGGGGCUCAUGGCAGCCCAGGUGUCCUCCUCCUCCUCCUCCAGACCCUACCACCUGACAGCGAGCGCCAGCGGGGGAGCUGGGCUGGACAAAGUCAGCUCGUCCCCUUUGAAUUGUGUGGGAAUGCACGGGAAUUUCUCAGUGGGUCAGUACUUUGCUCCGCCGUGGAACAGUGUGCUGGUGACACCCGACAGUGACUGCUACAACCCCCAGGAGCUCCUGGGCAGCUCCGCAGGAGGCCCGGCGACGGGCCACAGAGAAAUGGGCUACCCGCACCACCACCACCAUUACCACCAUCCCCACCACCACCCCGCCGUGGACAGCGGCGGGGGUCUGUGCUGCAGCCUGCCCAGCAAGAGCCUGUGCAACACCUCGGUGCUGAGCAGCAGCCUGCAGUCUCUGGAGUACCUGAUCAACGACAUCCACCCUCCCUGCAUCAAGGAGCAGAUGCUCGGCAAAGGCUACGAGACUGUGUCCGUGCCGCGGCUGUUGGACCACCAGCAUGCACACAUCCGCCUUCCUGUUUACAGAUAGAACGGACGGUCGGGGGGGAGAGGAGAAGGAAGUUAAUCAAGAGUUGUGAAUUCACGAAGAAAAUCAAGAAAAAACCGAGAUGUUACGGGACUGUUGUGAGUGCCACUGCUUUAACGACGGCGGGAGCUUCGGGAAGAGCUGCUGCUCUGCUGUGGGACCUUAGAUUUGCUGGUUUCAAAGCAGGCUGUGGGGGAUCCCUAACACAAACAGGUAGUAGUUACUGCCAGCGGGAUGGAAAAGGGGCUCCAAGAUUCUCCUGAUGUUCCAUUGUGUGGUUUGCCAAUAGGAUUUUUGGGAUUAUUAAUAAUUUUCUUUCGCUUUGUUGUUUUAUCUUCUUAAACAGUUUUUUUGAUGAGAAUCAUAGCUUGUCUAUCUCCUCUCCAAAUACUAAGGAUGAAGCUACUGUGUAGGUUGUCACUGAAACGGUCUUAAAGGACCGACGCUUAGGGCUGCUUUUAAAACCCAAAACUCAGUAACGGCACGCGCGUACAGAAAUGUGCUGAGAAAAUAAACACGAGAAGAUUAAUAGCAGUUCUAGGGUGUUCUUGUAAAAGGAUCACAAGGUUGAAUCUAAAAGGGUAGUACGAUAUUAGUUAUUGUUGCUGUUAUAAUUGAUAAAUUAAUUGCACUGCUUGAAUUUUGUUAACUUUGAAGUUUGGAAUUGGGUAGUUUGGAUAUGAUAUAUUUAAGAAACUUGAAAAACUUGAACCUAUUUUUUGUUGUUUGAUAUAUUUGUAGGUAUAUUAUAUGUAUUGGCUGCUACAAGGAAAAGUGUCUCGACAGUUCUCUUUUUUUAUCCUAUUCUAUUGUUUUCCAUUUUUGUUAUUAUGAUUUCAAAUUUCCUCCUCAAGCUGACUUGCAGUCUUUUGUGUUCUGACGUGAGGCAGAGUUGCUGCUUUGGUUCUGUAAGAACCUGAACGGAGAGCUCUUUUUUUUCUUUCUCUUUUUUUCCUAACCAACACUGGAACCAACAAUAAAUCUCAAAAUACUUAUUUAAAAGAAAAAAAAUGUUGCAAAAAAUAGAAGAAAAAGAAAUGUUACAAUGAAGAAUGUGACUAUGAGGUUAUAGAGAUAACCCUAAAUGUACAGUAGCUUGUAAAAGUGUCCACAUCCCUGAGAGGUUUUCACAUUUUUUCACAGUGAAACCCAUAAUUUCAGUGUUUUUAUUUUGAUUUAUGUGACAGGCCAACACAAAGUAGUGCACAAUUGUGAACCGGAUGAUAAAGGGUAAAUGGUUCUGAAUUUUUGUUUUACAAACAAUCGUCUGUAAAUUAUACCUCCCCUGUCCACGGAGAAGAAAAGCAUCUCCCCAUCAUGAAGCUACCCAAACCCUACUGUUCAUGGUGACAUGUAACCUUGGUUUUCCUAAAUAUUUGCAUGUAGGCCAGAAAGUUCAACUUUGGUCACUUCUGACCAGAGCUUUAGCUCGGCUUUCUUCUUUUCACCUUUAGAAAGGCCAGAUUUGUGGAGUGCACGACUUAAUAGUUGUCCUGUUGGCUGAUUUUUUUCACCUGAGUUGAGGAUCUCUGCAGCUCCCCCAGAGAUACCAUUGCCCUGUCGGCUGCAUCUCCAAUUGAUGCUCUAGUUGUUCAGCCUGUCAGUUUAGGUGGGUGUCUUAAACAGUAUGACACAUUCAAAGCUUGGAAUAGGUUUAUAAACGAAAAUUAAUCACAUGUAGCAUCUUUUUACUGAUCAGGAGUCUCCUGACGACUCAGAAAUGUCCUCUUCUGUCCACGUCACAAUUCUGCACUGCUUCUUGUUGGUAAAUCACCUAAAAUCCCAGUAAAGCACAUUGAAAUUUUUGGGUGUACGACGUGUCAAAUUGUUUAAAAGCUAAAAAGGGAAUGCUUUUGCAAGGCGCUGUAUGUUGAAGCGUGUGUGCGGCCGAGUGCAUGUGUGUUCGUACCUUCCUAGUUUGUGUUCUUUGAAAUCCUCAGACUUUUUUUGAUUUUAUUGUGUCAUUACCAGAGCUUUCCAGCGAGACUGACCGACUGAUUCAGCAGUCCCAUAAACAUUAUGACUGAGUUAUGUACAGGAGAUAACCUGCUCCAUUUUUUUAUUGGAGGCUUUGGAUUUUCUGUGCAGUCGGAGUCGUUCGACUCCUUUUUAUAGCUGUGCUUAAAGUGGCGGUGAAAGCAAAUGACAUUGUACUUUUGGGGUACUUUAAUUUUGCAAAUGAAUUCAAAAUGAAAAACAAUCAUGCCCUGUCUUUUGGCGUCAAAGGGAGGAAAAAAAAGACCAGACACUGCUUUUUUAUUUUUUUUAUUUUGUUGUUUUGUCUCCUAUUUCGGCUCCAGGUGGGGAUGCAUUUAGCCCAGGCCAGUCUUAACUUGGUGAUUCAGAGCAGUGAAAUAUUCAUUAUGACUGUGAGAUUCCCUCGAAUGUACUGCACUUAAAUUACCACAAUAUUUUGUUGCCUUGUGGGACUCGAGCGGGUGAGAAAAAUUGUAUCAGUGCAGCGGCUCUCUGGUCUUAAAUUAGCAUUUCUUUUGUCAGUCAAAUUUCAGCGGCAAAUUGAAUUUAUUAACUGGAGAGAAUGAGAGAACAGGAAGCUUUGCUGUGGAGAAAUACUGGCAUCGGUCUAGAUUUAUGAAGUGCAAUUAUAAUGACUGUAUUAACAUUUUUUUUCUCUGAGCUUACACCAAAAAAAAAUGUAAACUACAGUUGUCAAUACAUUCCCAAUGUACCACAUCCCUAAUCGUUAUCUCUGGUUUCUUUGUUUUGAUUUGUUCUAAGGUGUAAAAUAAAUUUCUUUAAGAAUAUA